AUGCCGCCACCGCAGCCUCCAAACAACACUACAAAUGAUGAUUCGAUUACCACCACCUCCGCAGCUCCUCCUCCACCCGUCGCCGAUGACCAGCUGCAGUCGAUUCUAGCCUCCGCUCGGCCAUUCCUCCGCGGCGAGCUCGAAUCGGUGGACGAGAACCUGCCCCGGCUCCUCGCCGUCCUGCGCUCCGUCGGCGCAGGGGAGUGCUGGCACAAGCACGGCAGCUUCCUCGACCACCUCCUCCACACCUACCGCAUCCUCAAGCUGUGGGGGGCUCCAGACGCCGUCUGCCUCUGCGGCCUCUUCCACUCCGCCUACUCCAACGCCUACGUCAACCUCGCCAUCUUCGACCCUUCCACCGGCCGCGACGUCGUCAGGGCGCACGUCGGCGACGACGCAGAGAGCCUGAUCCACUUGUUCUGCGUCGUCCCCCGGCACUCCCUGAUCCACGACGACCUCCUGUUCAAGUACCGCGACGAAGCCGAGCUCCGCGAGCAUCUAUCGCAAUCGGAGAUUUCCCUGCGGAAGGCGAAGAAGGAGAAGGGGGAAUUCGAUGCUGGGGAGGCGUGGAGGAAGAAAUUGAACUCGAUUUUGCCCAGAGAAGGGGUGAAGGUAAAGCACAUCAAGACCGGAGAGGAGAUUCGGUUGUCGAGAAGAGUUUUGGCGGUGUUUUUGUUGAUGACGAUGGCCGAUUUCAGCGAUCAAUUGUACGGAUUUCAGGAUGCGAUGUUCGAAAACUCCGACGGGAGGUUGGAGUUCUCCGGGGACAAUUACCUAGCUCUGUGGCCAGGAGACGGCAUGCCUGGGCUGUGGAUCAACUCGGUCUCGAGGAUGGGCGCUGUUUACUCGUUGAUUGUGAGGGAGGAGGAGAUUGUCGAGAAGGAGAUGGGAAUUAGGGUUUCGGAUGAUGCGACGACGGAGAUGGAGGUGGAGCUGGUGGUGCCGCCGGUGCUGGAGAGAUGUACGAAGGUAGUGGGGACGAAGGAGCAGAUGGAGGCGCGGGAGCUGUACUGGGAGGCGAUCGCCGGCAAGGGAUCGGGGUCGUCGGAGUUGAAGCAGGCGGAGGAGUUGCUGGUGAGGAGCGUGGAGAAAAAUGGUGUGGUAGGGGAGCCGCGCGUGGUGCUGGCGCAGGUUUAUCUGAGUGGAGGAAGGUUCGAGGAGGCGGAGAGGGAAGCGGCGAUUGGGCUGAGGCUGAUUUUGGAGUGGGGGAGCGCGUGGGAUAAGCGGGUGUCUUGGGAAGGCUGGGUUGCUUGGGCCAGGAUUCUGCUGAUGAAGGCUAAAGAGAAGUUCUGGCCCAACACCGCUUGGGGCGUCUCCAGUUUGGGCCUCGUCAGGUAG